UCUAGCCUCGAUACAAAACAAAACUAAAAUAAUGUGCAUCAAAAACUCUCUAGUUCUAACUGAAAAUCCGAUACUUUGCCUUGGAUUUUAUACGAUAUAAUACACCGGAAAUUGCCACCAAGAUGGAGGACCAGAAAUCGUCUGGGAAAAUGAAGGAAACCUGUUACCUGUUUAACACGUUCACGGACCCAUCCUUAGAGAAACUUUAUCAGAGUUUCAGUGUCAAACAGAAGAGAGCGGGAUUAGAGUGUUUCCUUUUGACUGCCAUCUUGUUUGAUAUUUAUAUGCUGGUGGUACCAAGUGGUCAGGAUAUAUGGAUAUUUGGUUUUAUGAGUUUGUUCCUCACAGUCAACAGCUGCAUCCUAAUUUGGUGCAAAAGAAGCUUCGAAAGCAAACUCUUAUGGGCAGCAGUCCCUCACCUCUGUUGGCAUGUCGCUAAUGCUCAAAUACUUAUAGCACUCUUUCUAAAGAAGAACGAAGUAACGUUGAGAGACAGCUUAGGAUGGGUUUUGCUCCUAGAUUAUUUGAUAUACGUCACGUUGCCAAUACGACUACGUUACAUUAUCAUCUUAAGUCUGGGGACUUGCGCGUCAUAUAUUGCGGCGUUGAUUGGUCUGUCGAAGUCGGAGCUACACAUUUAUCAGCAGCACCUGUCUAAUUGCAUUCUGCUGAUGACAACAAAUUUAUUGGGACUCACGUCUUUUCUCGUCGAGGAUAAACAACAACGAAGAGCUUUUCUCGAGACAAGGCAGUCGCUGGAGGUUAAGCUGGUUAUCGAAGAACAAAGUGAUGAGCAGGAACGCUUGCUACUUUCGGUCCUUCCAGAGCACGUUGCAGUUCAAAUGCGACAAGAUUUAGACUCCACAGAUAGCCAGUUUAAAAAGAUUUAUAUGAGUAGACAUGAGAAUGUCAGCAUAUUGUAUGCAGAUAUCGUUGGUUUUACUGCUAUUUCAUCUACUUAUUCUGCUCAGGAACUAGUUAAAAUGCUUAACGAGCUCUUUGCAAGGUUCGACAAACUGUCUGAGAAAUAUAGCCAAUUACGGAUAAAAAUUCUCGGAGACUGUUAUUAUUGCAUCAGUGGAGCACCUAAGGAAAGUCCUGAUCAUGCCGUUCUUUCUGUCCAUAUGGGUCUAUCAAUGGUGAAGGCCAUUAAAUACGUCCAACAAACGGCAAAUUCCCCUGUAGACAUGAGGGUCGGCAUCCAUACGGGGGCCGUAUUGGCAGGAGUGCUUGGGCAGAGACAGUGGCAAUUCGACGUUUACUCUAAGGACGUGGAAUUGGCAAAUAAAAUGGAAAGUAGCGGAUUAGCAGGGAGAGUGCACAUAUCCGACGCCACGUUAUCCUUCCUAAAUGGGGAGUUUGAAGUGGAGCCGGGCUAUGGAGAGAAAAGAGAUGAAUCAUUAAGGACAGCAGGAUUAAAAACGUACUUCAUCGUUAAAGUGCUCAUUCCAUUUCAACCGAAAACACAGGAAGUACAAAAUGGUGGUAAUAUUCUUCCCGAAGAAGACAGUUGUGUAAUAGCCGAAAUUGCUUCAGAUUCCAAAGAAGAAGAAGCUAAUGACACAAACUUAUGUCGAUCAAGACAAGAUUCAACAGAUUUUAAAAUAAGGUUACGAAAGGAAUUGGUCAACAGGGAUGGUCACAAGGAGCUGGCUAAGAACACAAAAUUUAUGACCCUAGCGUUUGUCGACCCACAAAAAGAAAAAUCAUAUCAUUUACAUAUAGAAUCAUUUUCAAGUUUUACAUUGCUCAUGUUUUUAAUAGUAAGAUUAGCGAUAGGAGCAACUAUAGCGAUAGUUUUACCGAGUGAUUUAACUAUAGAUGUGACAUAUUGUACAGAAAAUAUUGUAUUCUUCGUAUUAGUAAUAGUGGCAAUUGCCGAAGAAUUUCCCGGAUUGUCAAAAUGUUGGCGGGCCUUUAAGGAGUCAAUGUUUAUUAGAAGACUGUUAUCAACGACUUGUAUAAUACUUAUGGGUACUGUAAAUAUUUUGGACUCGGUAUCUUGCGUUCAAUUCACAAAGCAGACAGAAAACUGUUCGACGAUUUUAGAUAUAGACACUUCGUGUAUGUACCCAUCCUACUUUAGCUACUUUACCGUACUUAUUCUAAUCGCAGCCUCAUUGCCAGCAUGUUUAUCGUAUAUGUGGAAAAGUUUUUUAAUGCUUCUCAUCGCAGCUGCGCAGUGUAUUGUUAACAUUUUUGUUCUUAGCUCAGCUAUAGAUUGUGAAGAACGAAUGAAGCUGUGGAUGAGCUUGAUCCAAGGAAAAUAUACAUUGUCCGCUCUGCUUCUGACAGCUACGUUAGCGUUGGCGUUCCUGGCAAGGCACAUGGAGAAGGUGUCUAGAGUACUGUUUCUUUGGAGAUGUGAAGUAGAAGAACAAAGAGAUUGUGCAGAAGAUAUGAGGAGGAGAAACGAAGCAUUAGUCUAUAAUAUAUUACCUCCUCAUGUAGCUGCUCAUUUUAUGGGAAACAGAAAGAGACAGCAUGAUGAAUUAUAUUCCCAAAGUUAUGCAGAGGUCGGAGUUUUAUUUGCUUCGAUGCCAAAUUUUUCAGAUUUUUAUUCUGAAGAAACAGUCAACAAUCAAGGAUUAGAGUGCCUAAGGUUUUUAAAUGAAGUGAUAUCUGAUUUUGAUGCGCUUUUGGAAUUACCCCAGUUUCAAGAUGUUAUAAAAAUUAAGACAAUAGGAUCUACUUAUAUGGCUGCUAGUGGCCUAAAUCCAUCUAGACAAAUGAAGCCUGAGGAUCCCAUUCAUGUUCGCUGGGCGCAUUUAGCAAUCUUGGUAGAGUUUGCUUUGGAACUGAAAAAAGCCCUGCAGAGCAUUAACGAACAAUCAUUUAACCAUUUUGUAUUAAAAUUAGGAAUUAAUCAUGGGCCUAUUACUGCUGGUGUAAUUGGAGCGAGAAAACCUCAUUAUGAUAUAUGGGGCAAUACCGUAAACGUAGCUUCACGAAUGGAAAGCACGGGCAAAGCUGGGUGUAUACAGGUAACAGAAGAAACCUGUGAAAUUCUUCAACAUUUCGGAUACCAAUUCGAACAAAGAGGCCUAGUUGCAGUAAAAGGAAAGGGCCAAUUAAUGACCUAUUAUUUAUUAGGAAAAGCUGGAAAAAUAACCCCACCUACAGCACCGGUGUCUCCAAUUGCUGGAGUAGGAACCAUGGAAACAGUUAAUGAAGAGGACGAGUCACACGACAGUCCAACAUCCAAGUCUGAUGAUAAAACUGUAAUCGAAUGCUCUGAGAAGAUGGAUGAUGAUGUAUUUACGUCAGAUUCUGGAUGUGAAGAGCCAAAAGAACUAAAUGAAGCUUCUCUAUUAUUAAGUUAAAAAAAUUAAAUACAUUAUAUUUUUACUAAUUUUGAUUUUUGUAUAGAAUUAAGUUUAGAAAGUUUACCUAGGAAAUAAUUAUAUUGUAAAAAAAGGUUAUGAUAUUUUUGUGUUCAGACAUUUGUUCAAAUGUCCUUUUCUGUUCAGAUAUAAAAUUAAGGCACCACUAAAUCCUGAUUUUUAAUGUUUUUUGGAUCGCAUUUUAAUGCAGGCUUCAGUUAUUUUUAAAACGGCUUUACUUAUUUUAUAUUUUGUUUUAAAAUAAUUUAUAUACUUAAUCAUAAAAUAGAAUUUGAAUGUUAUAGGGCAGUCAAUGAGGUUAUUUGGCUCCGAAUUACAUAGUAUAUUUAAUAAACUAGAAUAAAAAUAUCAAUAUUUCUAUUACAAAAAAGUGAUUAAUUUCAGAAAUAAUACAAGUCUAUUGUUUAAAAGAGUAAUACAGUCUAGUUUACUUGGUUUGUCGGUAAAAAAAAUCAUUAUUGACGAAAUAAUCACCCAUGGAAUAUCUUGUAUUAUUUUUUGCAUGUUUCGUCAUAGAAAUGUUUAACAUUUUGCUAAUUAUCAAAACUACGAUUUUGACUUGUCUUGUUUCUAAAAUGACAACAAACUCAACUCAACAAAUUUUUUUUAGUGGUGGCCUUAGUCUUUCAUUCCUUAAUUUAAGCAAAAUAUCUACAAAUUUUGUUGCUAUAUUCACUACCAAAGUGCUUAUAUAUUUUUAUUUGUGAUCGAAUAUACAUAGUUUAGUGUAAUGGAUUGAGUUUGGCACAUUUUCUAGAGUAUUUGAAUAAAAAUGUAAUAACACCACUAAAGUAAACAUGUUAAAAGCAUAAAAUAUUAUUUGUAAACCUGUAAAAUAAUAUACAUUUUAAAUCAUGUUCUACAAUGAUAAAAAAUACAAUAAACAAAAUUCCAUUGUUA